AUGCUUUCAAUCCGUGUCGCUUCGCGCUUCCUCAGGGCCAGACCCAGCCCUCCAUUGCGACACCCUUUUCCUGCCAUCGCCCAGCAGUUCCGAUAUUAUGCAGACAAGGUCGUCCAAGUCCCGCAGAUGGCGGAAUCGAUCAGUGAAGGAACCCUCAAGCAGUGGUCGAAACAGAUUGGAGACUAUGUGGAACAGGAUGAGGAGAUUGCCACCAUUGAGACAGAUAAGAUCGAUGUCGCCGUUAAUGCGCCGGAAGCCGGAACAAUCAAGGAGUUUCUUGCCAAUGAGGAUGACACAGUGACUGUCGGUCAGGAUCUCGUGAGAAUGGAGCUUGGAGAAGCACCCGAGGGUGGAUCGAAAGAGAAGGCCUCCAGUGAACCAAAGGAGCCAGCAUCCAAAGAACAGCCAACAAGCUCUGACCCGGAUCCAUCGAAGAAGGACGAGUCGAAGUCCGCGAGCUCUUCCCCUCCCUCUACAGAAAAGAAGCCAGCACCCAAGAAAGAGACGCCUCCUCCGCAACAACCAGUGCCAAAGACCGAUUCCCAAUCCGACUCUGCUCCUACACUUGGCAACCGGGAAGAGAGACGCGUUAAGAUGAACAGGAUGCGCCUUCGUAUCGCCGAACGCCUAAAGCAAUCUCAGAAUACCGCUGCGUCCCUGACGACUUUCAACGAGGUCGACAUGUCAUCUCUGAUGGAGUUCCGAAGACUGUACAAGGAUGAUGUUCUGAAGAAGACCGGGGUGAAGCUUGGAUUCAUGAGUGCUUUUUCGCGUGCCUCUGUUCUUGCAAUGCGCGACAUUCCGGCUGUCAACGCCUCUAUCGAGGGUCCAAACGGUGGUGAUACUAUCGUGUACCGGGACUAUGUCGACAUCAGCGUUGCUGUUGCAACGGAAAAGGGGUUGGUCACUCCGGUCGUUCGUAACACCGAGACAAUGGACUUGGUCGGUAUUGAGAAGUCGAUCGCUGAGUUAGGCAAGAAGGCUCGUGACAGCAAGCUUACUAUUGAGGACAUGGCUGGAGGGACUUUCACAAUCAGCAACGGUGGAGUAUUUGGUUCGUUGAUGGGAACUCCUAUCAUCAACCUUCCUCAGACAGCUGUUCUGGGCCUUCAUGCUAUUAAAGACAAGCCUGUUGUUGUCAACGGUCAAAUCGUGAUCCGUCCUAUGAUGUACCUGGCGUUGACGUACGACCAUCGUCUCUUGGAUGGUAGGGAAGCUGUGCAAUUCUUGGUGAAGAUCAAAGAAUACAUCGAGGACCCUCGACGGAUGCUUUUGUAA